UGUGUUUUUUUUUUUUCUUUGCAUACCGCUAAACUUUCAGUUUUCCUGUAGUAUGAGCGGACGCUUUGCUGGACAGGGUAUGGGAGAGCCGAAGUGGGAUAAAGCGGCAGCCUUUUUUGUUUUUGCAGGAUUCGUGGACUAUAAAGCUUGGGUCUUGCAGUGACUUCGGCAGUUUAUAACUGGCGCUUGCGACGGUCGAGCUCCUAACUUUUUUUUUUGUGUAGAUAUAGUAAAAUUUUAAAGUCAUGUCUCCCCGGACGUACGCGCUUGCUGUUUAUUUUAUUUUUUUAAUUUAAGUCAUUAAGUAAACGGAUCAACUUCGCAUUGUACCCGAGUAAAAGAACUGUGUAGACCAUUCUACAUAGUUUUACAUUGUUUGACGAAUGGAGACGGAGCCGCUACUCUCGCAUCAGACGCGAGCUACACUUCGGGAUACAUCUAUCUGCUGUAGUGCCGACAGCGGCUAUGGAGGGACAUGCUGCUCACCCGACGAGAAGUUGCAGCGCUAUUCUUCUGCGAGGACAAGCGCUGUUCAGGAAGACCAUGACCUCUGUAUUCAGCAAGCUGUGGUUUUCAUUGAGGAUGCAAUUCAGUAUCGUUCAAUUAACCACAGGGUGGACUGGAGUUCCCUGAGACUGUACCGCUGGUAUUAUUCCCGUGUUGUCCAAUGGGGUUUAGGCAUUACAAUCUUUAUCAUCUUAGCUCUGGCUUUUAUUGAAAAGCCUUCUUCUCUAACAUUGACCUCUGACUUGCGCUAUCGCAGUGUCCCCUGGGAGCCUCCAUGUGGUGUGACGGAGAGUAUUGAAGUUGUCUGCCUUCUGAUUUUUGCAGCUGAUGUAUCUGUGAAGAGUUAUCUAGUUGGUUGGGAAGAGUUCCUGAAGAACAAGUGGCUGGUGGCCUACAUCUUGGUGAUAGCAUUUUCUUUUAUGGAUUGGAUGGUCUCUCUUGCUCUGCUUUGCCAGGAGGGACUGAGAAUCCGAAGAGUCCUGAGGCCAUUUUUUCUCCUUCAAAACUCAUCACUGAUGAAGAAAACUUUGAAGUGCAUUAAAAGAACUCUUCCAGAGAUUGCAAGUGUUCUGCUUCUCUUGGGUCUCCAUCUGUGUCUUUUUACCAUGUUUGGGAUGCUACUUUUUGUCAAAAGCAAGAGUUCAAAUUCAAAUUCUGAAUGGCAGAUGUAUUUCAAAAACCUCCCUGAUUCAAUUACUUCUUUGCUUGUAUUACUCACCACUGCCAACAAUCCAGAUGUUAUGCUGCCAGCCUACUCUGAGAAUCGAGCCUAUUCUAUUUUCUUCAUCCUGUUCUCUGGUUUUGGGACCUACUUUCUAAUGAACUUGUUGACAGCCGUCAUAUACAACCAAUUUCGAGGCUAUUUAUUGAUUUCUAUUCAGACGUCUAUCUUGAGACGUCGCCUGGGGAUUAGAACAGCCUUUGAAGUACUGUGUUGCGAGAAGCAACUAGAUUCGGAGAUCAAUAAUCACAUGGAAGGUGUGAGCCCCCAUCUAGUUAUGAGUGUCCUUGAUCAGGUUCAGAUGAAAUCUUACUACAAGGAAGUCAUUACUCAGAAAGUUCAGGAGUUUGGUGAUUGCUUAAUAUCUUCAUGCCAAUUUCAGAAGCUUUUUGAUGAACUUGACAAGGAUAAAAUAAAACAGCACCCUGCCAUGCCAGAGUACCAGAAUGCAUGCCUCCGAAAGCUUCAGGUCAUCUUCAGUCAUCGCUAUUUCAAUUUGUUUGGAAAUGCUGUGGCUCUUAUUAAUGUCAUCUGUAUUUCUGCUGCCCUGGUAAUCUUCGCGGACAAAGCUUUAUCAAAAAGCGAUGACUAUUUCCUUUGGGUUAUCAAUUGUUUCUUCAUUCUGUUCUACUUGCUGGAGAUGAUUUUGAAGAUAUUUUCUCUUGGAAUUAAAGGCUACUUAGCCAGCCGCAGUAAUGUUUUUGAUGGGCUACUGACUGUUACUCUUUUGGCUCUGCUGCUUACGAUGUGUUUCACUUACUUAAUCCACCCAAAAUGGGGUUCUGAUGUGCCAGGUCUUAUGUCUCUCUUGGAGCUUAUCAGAAUGGUGAACUUGCUAAUAGUCUUCAGGUUCCUGCGGGUUAUUCCACACAUACAGCUGAUGGGGCUUGUUGCAAGCACCUUGUUGGACAUCGUAAAGAACUUGCGAGCAUUUGCUGGUAUCCUAGUGGUUGUUUACUAUGUGUUUGCAGUUGUUGGAAUUAUACUAUUUCAAGGUGCAAUCACACCUCCAAAUAACACAAGUGUAGUUGUCAACUCCAGUGCAGAGGAAGACACCGUUAACUACACAGCAGUUUGUGGCACAUAUGAGCAGCUUGCUUACUGGCCUAACAAUUUUGAUGACUUUGCAGCAACUUUGGUGCUGUUGUAUGAUGUCAUGGUUGUCAACAACUGGCAAGUUUUCAUGGAAGCUUAUUCCAGAUACUCCUCCCCGUGGUCUAAAAUCUACUUUGUGGCUUGGUGGCUUACUUCAGCUAUCAUGUGGGUGAAUCUGUUUGUUGCUCUAGUACUUGAGAAUUUUAUCCACAAAUGGGACAAAAGCCACCAUGGUCCCAUUACUGAACAGCAGGAGGCAGCAAUGUGUCCAAUGACUGUGCAGUUAAUGUUCCGCGAGCAAAUAAAAGAGCCUACUGAAGAGGAGCUACUUGUCAGACUUCACCAGCACCCACAUCUACAUCUUCCACACUGACCUUCAGACAGAGUAUAUAGGGGGCAUAGGGAGGGGUAGUUUGUUUAGCGGUCACUUCUUGUGGGUAAUUUUUUAAUUUUGAUUUUUAAAUUUUAGACUUGUAUAGGAAGCUCAAUAUGCAGUUUUAAUUUUGUAGUUUGUAUAUAUAUUUUUUUAAUGUAAUAUGGCUGUUUACUAUUUUAAAGACUGGCAGCAGUAACCAAAUACUCCUCACACAUCCUAAAUUUAGUUUAGGAACAGCAUCAUAGAUACCAGUUUUAUUAAAUACAGGUGGGCCUCAUGGCUUUCAUCAUGCUCUUGCUGCUGUAAUAUCUAUGUACAUUGGGUGGCAUGACUAAUGUAUUUGAUUUGUUCAUCUGUUUAUUGGUGCCAUACCUGUUUGAGAAAUGUUUUAAUCCCGACACAGCCUUAAUUUUGCACAGUAUUUUAUUAAAAUGCACUUUACCUGUA